AUGGGAUUAAAGGACUUCUUUCUGCUUUUAGUCUGUGAUAUGCUUGUCCGUGUGGCUGCUGGCGCGCUGGGCUUCAAGAUCGUGCAAUUCGUGAUCACCGAGUUCGUCUUCCCGACCGUAGUAACCCCCAUUGACACGACCUUCUGGGGACAGAUAUGGGGCACGCAACACGAUGUACGCAGUUCCAAGUACAAGCUUAGCAAGGCUAUGAAACGCUUUGUGCGACAGUUUGUGCUAACGCGCGAACAGCUGGUGACGGUGACCAACGCUAUUGUGGCGGAGUUAGGAGCAGCACCAGGAGAGUCUAGUCUGGCCAUGUUGCCCACGUUUGUGGAUAGUAACUUCAAAUAUGCACACGAAGGCAAUAGUCUGGGUGUGUCUCUGAAGGCUGAUAUGGUGCAGGUGGCCAUCAUGAGCUUCCACGGCGAGCAGGAAGGCACCGGCCAGAAGCACGCACACACCCUCACCAGCACACGCACACACGAGGCUACCACCAGCAAGGUCUACACAUACCCCAUGGUAGAAACUGUGCGCAACACCAUCACACUAGACGAUGUCAUGGCGUUUGUAGCCACAUGUGUGGAGAAAGCGACCCACGAGUUCGACUCGGCGCAGUCGUCUGUGGACAGCAAGAGCAAGGGCAUGAGUCCCCAGAAGCCGUCCAGCUCGAAUCUCACACCCCGGCCAUUCGCUUCGCGGUCACCGCCAUCGUCGCCCAAGAUGCGCGCGAGUGUCAGUGGAUCGAAUAUCGUAUCACGCCAUGAAAAGGCAUCCUCACCCGCCAGUCCCCCAGGCGCGUGUCCGCCCAGUCCAUUGCGACAGUUCUCGUACGAGAACUCUCUCAGCAGAACCACUUCUGACACCCACGUGACACCUGACACCCACGUGCCUCCGUCCCCGCUGUCGGGGCCUACAAAUGGGUCUAGUUAUGCGAGUGUGGCGGCUACAACGCCGACGGGACGGGAUCCGCACGAAGCCUUGGCCGUUGGGCUGUGUGUGGCGCUGCCUAUUACACAGGUGGAUGUGAGUCAUGGAGAGCUUCUGCGCAACACAAAGAACUACUUUAGCAUCGCUAAGUUUGAGAAUAGGAAUUUGGCUGAGGUCUUACUGAAGCAUCUCAAGGAAAAGGGGCUUAACACCCAAGUAGUGGCCGUGUUGAACGAUGUCACAGCCAAGUUAGUUGCUUCGCACGUGAUAGAUGAGCGUAUCACCGCGUGUCUGUAUGUAGGUAAGGGCGUCAACUUUGUCUACAAACAGCACAGCGACGACUACGUCAACACAGAGCUCGGUGGGUUCCAUCUGCCAGCCAACGUAAGUGACCGCCUCCGUAGGAUAGCGUGUGGAGAUGGGUGUCAAUGGAGAUACAGACGUGUGUGUGUGUGUGGUGAUAGCGACUGCAUCAUCGUCAAGUACAUGUGUGAGACGGUGUCGCUGCGUGCUGCUAAUCUGGCAGCGUGUUCGUUGGCGGCGGUCUUUGAGCACUUGGAGUUGGAGAGGAUGAAUGUGGCCCUGGCCGGUGAGGUGCACACCCUCACCCCCGGAUUCCGGUCGCAUGUCAUGGCGGGGUUGGACCGGUUAAACGGUUCGUAUAUGAACCAGAUCAAACUCAAGCGUGACCGUCAAGCCAGAGAGCUCAUAGGGGCUGGCAGUGGCGCACUCAGUACAUACCACCACUCGUUCGGUUCGGUACCUCAGCCGAAGGAGAAGACGGAGACUGGGCAGGGGAUAGAGACGACGACGACGCACCCGACAGCGAACACGCGGGACAAGCGGCAGCAACAACUCGAACAGCAGGAACUGGAGGACCAUUACGAAUCCAGUGACGAUGAAGGGGACCACAACGCACCUGCACCCGGUCCUGCACCUGCCACAUCGGGUGCAAUAGAUAGUAUAGCUGAGCUGGCCUCACCAGCACGCCUUAACCCGGCCAAGAGUUCACAGCCAAUGAGGCCGUCGCCUGUGGUCAGGCGGUUGGACAUUCUUAAGAAACGAGAGAGCUUCACCAUGUUCCGUCGUGAGAGUUCUGAUAGCAGGAAUGCUUCGCUACUGAAUGCUGAGGCGGUUGCGGCGGUUGGGUCUGGGCGCAUUCAUCCCAACUCAGUGAAGGGCGAGAGUGCCAGUUUAGGAGCGGCGGUGGUGGCGGCUGAGAUCAUCACCAGGCAGAAGCAAUGAGUCAUCUACACACAAGACAUAUGUAUCCACAGGACUUACACGCUUGUGAAUGUAGCAUGCGAGGGUUUUAAUAAAUGUACAUACUCUAGUCUACCACGCACGACACUUCUCACAGCACCUUUCAGCUACACACUAUACAUCUAAAUCGACAGAACUUAUAACUUGUGAAUGUAGCAUGCGAG